GCUCCACAACAUAAUCUUCCUUGCUCGGAGACUUUGAAUCGGGGUCAGGCUCACAUAUACUGUACAACUUUGAAAAACCUCAUGCAAGAUGAUGGAUCUUGGCCACCACAAACCACAUAGUACGCCGGGGUAACCUAUUUAUCCAGCAUUGUUGUUUCGAAUGGCCGGGCUAGUAUCCUCGCCAACAUGACAAACGGCCCAGGGACUCGGAGUCUAUAUGAUCGGCCAUAUGGUCACGACUCUCUCAUUUGCCUUGAUUCAGUGAAAGAAGGCAGGAUUUUCACUUCUUGUUUUCCUUUUGAACUGCAAACUUGUCAUGAGCUUCGGUAUCUUUUAAACACUACCCCCAAUCCAGAAAUUAAGUGUAAAUCUGUGGGGAGAGUGGACAGGAGCGGCAGUCGAAAAGUUCAUCUGAUUCAUCUCAAUAUCAUUUCUUGUUGUCCACAUACUAUUGAAGACUCUAUUGGAGAGUCAUUUCCUUCCCUCAUUCCCCGACUUAUAUAUCUUCGUCUUUCCUUCGCUGUUUCAGGAUUAUCCACCUCCCGUUCCUUUGAUGAAUAUCAAAUAAACAUUCUACUUUAUAUACAUAAUGUACUUUACAAACACUGUUGGUACCCUACUCGCGGCUACUUUGGUAGCUUCGAAACCAAUUUAUCAAAGAGGAGUUGACUUUGCAUAUGGGUCAACACCUGUUAGAGGAGUUAACAUUGGUGGCUGGCUUGUACUUGAACCAUGGAUCACACCCUCGAUAUUUCAAGGAGUCGAUCAAUCCUUGGGAAUAGUCGAUGAAUACACAUUGACACAGAAACUCGGCGAAGAAGCAGCUCUAGCAAUCCUCAAACCUCAUUGGGAUUCCUGGUGUACUGCCGACGACUUCCAAAACAUAGCCAACGCCGGCUUCAACACAGUCCGCAUUCCAAUAGGAUACUGGGCAUACGGACUCUCUGACAAUGAGCCUUAUACUCAAGGUGCAGCUGCAUACAUGGAUGCUGCCAUCGACUGGGCCCGUGGCGCCGGUCUCAAAGUUUGGAUCGACCUCCACGGAGCUCCUCUCUCCCAAAACGGAUUCGAUAACUCUGGACACAAGACUUCGUCGCCGGCAUUUGGACAGGGUGAUUCGGUUAAAAACACGCUUUCUGUUCUAAACACUAUUACCGAAAAAUAUGCUAAGAAAGAGUAUCAAGAUGUGGUAGUUGGCAUCGAAUUACUCAACGAACCAGCAAACUGGAAAGUCAAUUUCGACGUGCUGGAACAAUUCUAUAGAGAUGGAUAUGGACAAGUCCGCGCCGUCUCCGACAGUAUAGUAGUAAUUCACGACGCAUUCUUAGCUCCAAGUAACUGGAAUAACAUCUUGUCUUCGAAUGACGCAAAUGCUUACGGAGUCGUCGUCGACCACCACGAAUACCAAGUCUUCAGCGACUCCCUCGUCGCCAUGUCCGCAGCCGAACACGUCGAAUAUGUCUGCAGCAACGCGGGCGCCUACACCGGCGCCGACAAAUGGGUCGUCGUAGGCGAAUUCACCGCCGCCAUGACCGAUUGCGCAUAUGCACUCAACGGCUACGGCGUCGGCGCCCGCUACGACGGCACGUAUCCCGGCUCCUCAUACGUCGGUUCCUGCGAGGGCAAAUCGGAUAUCACGACGUGGAGCGACGACUUCAAAACAGAUAUGAAGAAUUAUCUGAGCGCGCAGUUGUCGAGCUAUGAGACCAAGGCGAAUGGAUGGAUUUUCUGGAAUUUCAAGACCGAGGGCGCUCAUGAGUGGGAUGCGGCAAAGUUGGUGGAGUAUGACAUUUUCCCCGAUUUGAGAGCGGGGACCCCGGCCGCGAUUUGCUCGUAGGGAGAUGGUGUUGAGGGGGGGGGGGGGGGGGGGGGUGGGAGAGAAAUUUGUAAUUUAAGUACAUAUACCCAGAGACUUGGCGAUAAAUAAAAGUCUGUACAGUUAUUAAGAGAUACAAAGGGAGAUAGGUCGUCAUUUUUAUUCAUUUAUUUAUUAUUUAUUAAACUACGGAUUCGAAAUAUCGAAUGGUGCUA